AGGGUGUAAGGAUUAAACGCAACAGAGGGAAAAUGCGCGGAAGUCUGGCUUUGGGAACGAACAACUGUGUAAAUGCAAUUGAUCGAGCGGAAAAGUCCGCGAUUGUAAAACCCGGUGCGGUCUUUCAGCGCGGUGUUUAGCCAGCUAAUUGCCAGCGGUGAGCGGGGUCAACAGCCAACACUAGCUCCCCUGUGACACCACUUAAUUUGCCGACCAAUUAAAACGAUCGCCGCUAAUGACUAAACCGAAUUAUGCGAGGCGAGCCAUUGAGUUUGGCAAGUCUCCGCCCACCUCGAGUCACUGCGCAUGCGGGCUAGGCUCUCAAUCUAAUUUGGCUGGCCUCCGUGCAUACUGUGUUGGCGCUACUCACAUUCACCAAAUACUACUAGGUCAUCCUUUGCACGUGUACAGUAAGUCUCGUUGUGUCGAACUCCAGCAACGUGUUUGGUACAAGACAACUGAGCUUACCUAAUGCCUGUCACAGAAUCCACUCCUGCACAUCCCAAGUCUGUCAUCCCUUGUAUAAAACCAUAUGCCAAGUCGACUGGGAACUGAAAUUUGAACAACUGAUUGAAUCAUCAGAGAUUGGUUGAAGAGACUGAGUGUUAUAAACGUUGUCUCCAAUCUGAGGGCGAUGAUUCAGACGCUGGUUGGUGAAGCUGUUCCUCCGUUAGCGGAUACCCCGUCUUGCCUGGACCCUCGGACACAUCAAGGGACGAUGGAUGAAACAGAGGUAGACCAAAUGGCUCUGUUCAUCAGCCACACACCGUCCAGUCAACCCAUGGGUGCCGAUCAAGGGCGUGUGCACUCUGUCUCAGACUCGGAGGAGAUGAAGCCAGCGAAUCCUUUCCACUCACCGGACAUUGAGGCCGAGAUUGUUCGUCCACUUUCGUCCUCGUCAGCCUCACCGAACCAACACCAACAUCUCCAGACUCCAAAUCACCAGCACCAGGGAAGGAAUAUGGGCCCGGCUCCAGCGCUCAAUAGACCCGUUAAACUCACAGCGUUUUCCGUGGCUGAUAUUCUCAAUCCGAACAAAUUCAACGGGCCGGUCCCCAAGUCGCCCCGGCAGUGCGAUUGUGGCGAGGAACGCACCGACUCUUCGGAACAUUGUCAUCCGCGAUCCGGCUCUGCAUCCCCCGCUGUACCGACAUCAUGUCCGCCAAGUGCGCACGACUACACCUGGUCCUCGUCCUGGAUUGGUGGGGAACAACUGUGCAACGGAAGAAACAACGUUGAUUCUGAAUCAGAGCAAUCUCCGGGAGAUCUCAUGUGCGAACGGGAGACAGCAAAAGAUGAUUCAUACCGGGAGAGCAUGGACAGCGAGGAGGAGCACGGAUCCUUGGAAGACGAUGACGACAUGGCAUCCGAUGAUCGAGACAAGGUUGACAGCGACGACAGCGACGCCAAGUCUGACGGCUCACCGGGCAAGAAGCGUAAGCGAUCGGACUCAGACCCGGGCAAGGCCGGCAAGCCGCGCCGAGCUCGCACGGCGUUCACUUACGAACAACUGGUCGCCCUAGAGAACAAGUUUAAGAGCACACGGUACCUGUCCGUGUGUGAGCGGCUCAACCUGGCUCUGUCCCUCAGCUUAACCGAGACGCAGGUCAAGAUCUGGUUCCAGAAUCGACGCACCAAGUGGAAGAAGCAGAACCCGGGGAUGGACCCGAAUGCCCCCACGAACAACCCCCAGUCGCCGCCGCCACACCACGUCGGUCUUCACACUACUUACAACUCGGGGCUGAUGUACGGCUCACAGUUACCGUACUUGCACGGGGCCGCGGGGGCUAUGCCUUACCUGGUCAGCUCACCGGCUUAUCCUACUCUUCACGCCCAUCACUUCUACUCGCAUCUUGGCCAUGUUUGAUGUCUCAGAACGCAUCAAGUAGCCUACUUUAUAAACUCUAAUAAAAAGUGAUUUACUUGUGAUUAUGUACAUAUGUAAACAGAAAUUGUAUGAACAAUUAAAGUGUAAAAUAUUAAUGAUCAUUAUUACAAAUAAUUACUGCUACAAUCUAUCAAAAUAAGUAAAGAGAUCACCUACACUGAGCAACCUAUCCAGAACCAACUAGUCUAUAGUAAAUUGCAUGGUCUUCCUCUAUCCGUCAAUUAAGAGGUUUUUAUGAAACUCUCAAACUUUUAAAGAAACUUUUAGGUGCAAUAGUUUAACAAUUAUGACUUAAAUAUCAUAUGGGUUCAUUUGAAUGACAGCCGUACACUCUUCUUACUGUUUAUUCAACUUCAAGUGAACUUUGUGUAUUUUUUCACUCAAUGUCCUAUGUUUUAUAAAGGUAACGGAUACGUGAUAUGUGCAUGUACGAGGGGAAUUUUGUUAUAUUUUAAGCAAGCUCAUCUUUCCAACCAUUAUUCCGACGGAGAACGUAUUUUAACCUUCAUUUUGUUUUGAAUACAUUUUCCUUCCCAAUUACGCAAAAAUUCAAUGCACGAUUGUUAGAAAAACAACAAAAUGAUUUUUUAAGGAUUUGCAUAUAACAAAUGGGGAGAUUUACAGGCUGUUUUCACUGUUCGAUCUUUCUAUUUGUUUUGCACAACCAAAGUAACGAAGUCCAAAAAAAAUCCACAUUGUGUUGUGUUUUCUCAUGAAAAAAAAAUACAGAAAGCAUUUUCCAUAGUCUUGUGAAUUCCUUGCACUUUUGGAGGACAAUGUGAACACUGCGCGUCGACCAUUUGUGGACGUGGUCCUAUUCCGAAGGCCUAGAUAAUAGUCAGUGACGCCAGUAGAUUGAAUUUCAUCAGACGAUAUCAUCAUAAAUCACAAUUUCCUAACCAACUCUUCCCGUUAACAAUAUUGCAUUAUUCUCUAUAAUACAUGCAACACCAAUGGGAUUUAAUGCUCUGAGAAUGCCUUUUAGAAAAUGUCGGUCGUGAAAAGUCCAGCUAUCAGCUCGUUCCAGCAGAAAAUCGUAAAAAAAACCUUAAAGAUGAAAGUAGAAAUGCCAACAUUUUCUAAAGGUGCAUGAGAUUGUUUUUAUUCAAAACCUAGUACCCAGACUCCGUUGUAUUUAAUAUCUGUAAAAAAAUUAUCUUGGCUCCCGUCUUUGGAAGUGCCAUCUUCUAUUCAUUCACCAAUCUAGUUGUGCUAUGCCUUUCUUAUUGGUGUGUUUUAUAUUCUUUUCUUUUGUUCUCACUCUGACUAUGGAUGCGUCAUGUUAAGUUGCUAUUGACAACUGUUAAACAACACCGGUUCUUCUCACAACUGCUAUUUGUUUUAAAGGCAUUCACUUCGCAUAUAUCUGCUCAUUUUCUCCCUAGUUGUACUCACAAUGCAAAGCCUCAAACCUAACGAACUUGACAAAGAAAAACUGAUCCAAAUGUUGCUUUCGUCUUUUUACAGAUGAGUUACUCAAACGUAUGACAUAGGUCCCAUGAUUUUUGUUGCGGAUACCUGCGGGAUAUCUCUUUUGUCAAAAAAAUCAAUUCGCCCACACCUCAUUUUCAAUUUUUGAUUGCCAGAAUUUUCGUCUAGCAGUUAAUAUUUCCUGUAAAUAUUUGUAUAAUUUGUACAGACUGUAUAUAAACUUCCUCUGACACGUGCAAAUGUAAGCUUUUGUAUGGAUGAACAAAUUAAAGUGAGCAUAAAGUAUUCGAUCCUCGCAAGCAA